CUAGCUGCCUCGCUAGAUAUAACCCGAAACUCACUCCACCACUCGUUUCAUGGAACCCUAGACGAAAAAGUACCCUCUCUCUUUCUCUCUCUCGGCCUCUCCAUUCUUCCCCCCGCCCCCGCGGCACGAGAUCGAUAGAGAUCCCGAGAAGCAGGCCGCUGCCGGCGCGCGCUCAUAUAUCUGUGUGUCGUCAUCUCCAUCACCCAUGCGCCCGGCCGGAGCUCCUCCUCCCUCAUCCCCCUCCAGUCAUCUCGCAGUUCCCACCACCAGCGACGACUGAGCGAGCGAUCGAGCGGCGAGAGGCGAGCCGUCCUUGCUGCGUCCUCCCCUCCGUCCCCGAAUCCACUUCCAUGUGUGUUUGCCGCCUCAGCUCCUAGCCCCCCUCCCUGCACAGCAAAUCGAUCAUAAAGCUAGCGAGAGCCCGGGGGACGAAGAAGAUGAUGAACCUAUCGGCUGCCGCGAACGCCUGCGAUGAGUUCCCCUACGUCGCUUCCAACCCGGCUCCGCCCUCGCUGCUCCCAAUCAUGGAGCAGGAGAGCAGCAUCCAGAGGGAGCAGCUGGGCUACAACCUCGAGGCCAACUCCCUGGCGCUCCUCCCCCCGUCCAACUCCGCCGCCGCCCACCACCACCACUCCACCAUCGCCGGCGGCCACAGCGCCCACGACAUCCUCCAAUUCUACCCUUCCUCCCACUACCUCGCCUCCGCCGGCAACCCCUACAGCCAUUUCUCCGGGAGCACCGCCGCCUUCCCGUCCUACUACCCGCCGGCGCAGGCCGCGCCCGAGUACUACUUCCCCACCCUCGUCAGCUCCGCCGAGGAGAACAUGGCGAGCUUCGCCGCCACGCAGCUCGGCCUCAACCUCGGCUACCGGACCUACUUCCCGCCAAGAGGGGGGUACACGUACGGCCACCACCCGCCGCGCUGCCAGGCCGAGGGAUGCAAGGCCGACCUCUCCAGCGCCAAGCGCUACCACCGCCGCCACAAGGUCUGCGAGCACCACUCCAAGGCGCCGGUCGUUGUCACCGCCGGGGGCCUGCACCAGAGGUUCUGCCAGCAGUGCAGCAGAUUCCAUCUGCUGGAUGAGUUCGACGACGCGAAGAAGAGCUGCAGGAAGCGACUAGCGGAUCACAACCGCCGCCGCCGGAAGUCAAAACCGUCCGAUGGCGAUGCCGGAGACAAGAAAAGGGCACAUGGGAACAAAGCAGCAGCUGCUAAAGACAAAGCAGGAAGUAGCAGCAAGAACAUGGACAUUGGAGACGGGUUGGGUACACAGAUGCUGGGGAGUGCACUCUUGUCCAAAGAACAAGAUCAAGCCAUGGAUCUUGGAGAGGUGGUGAAAGAAGCUGUGGAUCCCAAGGGGAAGGCAUCGAUGCAACAGCAUCACGGCAUCCAUCAGCAGAACCACCACGGCUUCCCGUUCCAUUCUUCGUCUGCGGGCUCUUGCUUCCCUCAGACCCAGUCAGUCUCCGGUGAUACCACAUCAAAUAUAGCUCAAGUGCAAGAGCCAAGCUUAGCGUUCCACCAUCAGCACCACCAACACAGCAACAUCUUGCAGCUCGGGCAGGCGAUGUUCGAUCUCGACUUCGAUCACUAGCCAAUAUGUGAUCCACUCUCUCUUUCUCUCCCUCCAUCAUCUCUAUAUCUCUUUUCUCUUGUUUGUGCGCGUAAUCCGUACCUUUUUUUUCUUUUCUAAAUUAUCUGUGUUAAUUACUGUAAUGUGGACAUAAUAAUGAUAGUCUAUGCUUGCCAUGCAAUCAUCUAUAUCAUAAUUAAUCAUUUUAUUGCUCA